AUUUGUGUGAAGUCAUAUUCAGUUUCGUAUACCUCCCGAGCACGAUUACACAUACUAACGUUUGAACGUAAAAUUCCAAUCAAAAUGCCACACAAAAAAUUUCCUAGAAUGUCACAGGCGCAGCUCAAACGUUUGAUUAAAUCACAAAAUCAGAAUUUAGAAAAGGCCGCGUGUAUUUUAGAGCCACCGAAGAUUAUACAGCAACCACUAUUGGGCCAGACCAUAAUGCCAUCGAACUCUGCUUACGCCAAGAAGCAGCGCAAGACUGCGACUCGUCCAAAUCCUGGAGCUGGACGAGCUGGCAAGGUGCCGAUGCAGGUGCUCGUGGAGCACGUGGAGCAGGAUGACCAUGUGAAACAGAAUCCAACUAUGCAGGUCCUUUACAAUCAGCAGCCACCAUCCAUGCAGAUGCUUUACAAUCGGCAAGAAACAACCAAGCCGGAGACUCCCAAUCCGCAGCAGGAAGUGGUUUCCAGCAAUGUCCAUGCCAGGCAGCCGAUCCAGCAGCAGCAUGCCAGCGAACUGGCCAAGGAGCAAGACGGCUCCACCUCACUGAACGGUGCCAAAGAGUCCAAAGAGCCCAAGGAGGACUCGUCUGGCUAUCAAACCGGAUGGUACUGGCAGUCUGGCAAUGCUACGGGUGAAAAGCAGGAGUUGUCGGGCAUCGGCAGCUCAUCCUCGGCCUCGUUCAAUUGGCCCAGUCAAGGGGAUAAAAGCCAGGGAACUAGCGAAACUAGUUCUCCAUCCGAUCCAUUCAGUAUGCAGAAUCUGAAGAAGAUUGCCCGCGAUUUCUUCUCCUAUCCGGAGUAUCAUCCGCCGGAGACUGGCGCGGACGACAGCGAAGCCACGGAAGCUGAAGCCAUGAAUGCGGGUGCAUUGAAUCUGUCGAACGAUAACUUCUCUAUUUCAGAACCCGCGAAGGCGAAAUCCCAGCCGGUGGUGGGCAACUCUGCAGAGGGAGACUCUGUCGCGGAUGCCAAGAGGUUGGGACAUGCUAAGUUACCUGCGGAUGAAACGAUGCGUCGACAGCAGGAGAUGCCCUUGGAGGAGGCCUUCAUGACCAUAAUCCGAAAUCUUCGCGAUAAUAAUUCCGCCAAUAUGCAGCUGGAUUCGACUGCAUAUUCCCCGAGCAACCCUUAUGGUGGCUACCACCAAUCGCAGCCAGGUUAUGGCUAUGAUUCCAAUUCCCAUUUCAACGGUCAAUCGAUGAUGUCCAUGCCAUCGGCUUACAGCCGUCCUAGGACCUAUAACCAAUUUCAACGUGCUCAAGUGCCGAAUUUCAAUCAAUCGCAAUCGAGUAACGAAACAUAUCAGGCGCAGCAGUCUUGCUGGCCGGUCUACAUUCCGGAAUAUGUUUCGCAAUUUAUGUUUGGUGGGCCACUGGACUCAGGUGCCAGUGCCACUCAGUCAAGUCACGGCAACAUGAUGUGAAGAAUCCGGUGGGAAAUCGGGAAUAGUGUAGCAUUCAACAUUUAUUCAAGAUCAUUCGAAGAAAAUUGUUAAUGUAAAUCAAGAACCACUUGCAUACUCCCAGUCAUCUCAUUUUGCAUCUAUGUUAUUAAUAAACAUUUGUAAUGUUACAAAUAUUUUCCAUAUAUUUGUAAACUACACUUUUCCAACAAAA